CUCCUCCCUGUAUAGGUUCUUGACUACUUUGCUGAUAGAGGUGGCUCUGAUCAUUGAUAACUAUACAAAAUGAUCGAAGUUCUCUGCUCAGGGUCUCCUCGCCAGGUCGGAUUGGACCAUGGCUCCGCGGCCAAGGAACAAAUUGGCCGGUGCAUCAAAUUCUACCAGAAACUCUUCCAGACAAAGAGCAAAAUGGACUGGGAGGAAGUCAAAGGUUUUGCUUUGAAAUACCAGCCAUUCCUAGAAGCCAACUGGCAAAGAUAUGUCGACGAAAUGAAAGGCGUGGCGGAAGGGGCGGGAGUCUCGUACGAGGAUAUCCUCGCUCUUAAUGUGCGGACGGAGAUCGCGUUUGGGGCUUUCAGUGAUGGAUGUACUGCUAUCUCAUGGAAAGGAUCAGAAGCCUCGCUGCUGGGCCAGAAUUGGGAUUGGAAUACUGAGCAAGCGCAGAAUCUCAUUUGCCUGAAGAUCAAGCUGGAGACUGGAUUGAGCAUUCAGAUGGUCACCGAAGCUGGAAUCAUCGGCAAGAUCGGAAUGAAUGGGAAAGGGGUUGGCUGCACGCUGAAUGCCAUCAAAGCAAAAGGGGUUUCUUUUUCAAAGCUGCCGUGCCAUUUGGCUCUGAGAACCGUUAUGGAAAGCGAGUCUCGAGCGGCCGCUAUGUCAACGUUGGAGAAAGCGGGUGUGGCAAGCGCUUGCCAUAUUCUGGUCGCUGAUGUGACUGGUGGAACAGGUCUCGAAUGUAGCAGUGAGGAUAUUGUGAAGUUGGAGAUGAACAAGCAGGGUGCCGUUACUCACACCAAUCAUUAUGUGCUGGAACAUAAGCAAGGCGUCAUAGAAGCGCCGGACUGGCUACCAGAUACGAGGUUCCGGUUGAGGAGAAUCGGAGAACUGUUGAAUGCGGCAAAGGAGGAACAGCCCAGCCAAGAGGGUUUGGAGAGGUUCCUGAGAGACGAGACGGAGGGGGAUGGUGCUGCUAUUUGCAGAACACCGUUGAAGGAUGACCUAGCGACUCUCUUCGGUAUUGUCAUGGACCUGGGUAAUAAGAAAGGUCAAGUGAUGGUUGGAAGGCCUGCAAAUCCUACGGCAAAGCUGGUCCUUAGUCCAUAGUGCUAGAGUCGGAAGACAAAAAGAUUUCUUGUAAUACUUAGCUUUGCAAAGCUCGACCAAUUGUCACGUAGCCAGAUCAAGCGAUUUUGAAUGGACUCAUGAGUUUUA